AUGGCGGGGAAUGGAAACGAAAACGCUGGUGGAGACUUCAGUUUCUCGGCUGCAGCGGCACGUGACGCGCUUCCGAGGAUCACGACGGAGAAGGGAGCUAAGUCUGCAGACGUGUGUCACGAUGACACUGCGCCACGGGUCAACUUCCAGACCAUCGACGAGCUCCACAGUCUCCAGAAGAAACGAUCUGCUCCUACCACUCCUCUCAAAGAAGGAGGUGGUGUAGUGAUGGGAACUAGUGGUCCUACUACUCCUUCCUCCCGCGAGACCAUGCUUCAAUCCGUCAGUGCAUCAUUGGCUUCUUUAACGAGAGAGACAGGACCGAAGCUAAUCAAAGGAGAUCCCACGUCAGCCGCGAAAGUGGCACACGUUCCACACACUCCUACGUCAGUUCCAGCUGCUGACGUCAGUGACAGCGGCUUGAAAUUUACGCAUAUCCUUCACAACCUCUCUCCCGCCGGUAAAAAAACACCAUCCAUUUUCAUUAACAAUAUUUUAUUAUUGAACACACAAAAGUCACAUUUCGAUAUUUUAUGGUUUGUAGAAUUGUACGAGCAGGCGAUAAAAUAUGAGAAAGGAUCGUUUGUGACAUCGACCGGUGCGUUGGCUACGUUGUCGGGAGCCAAAACUGGUCGGUCUCCUAAAGACAAGCGUGUGGUUAAGACUGAGACAACUGCGGCUGAGCUCUGGUGGGGAAAAGAACAAAAUCAAAGUCAGAAUAGUAUCAGCAAGAGCAUACCAUUCACUAUUCAUGCACAACAUGUGUAUACGUCCAACACCCGAGGAGCUAGUGAAUUUCGGGACACCAGAUUUCACAAUCUACAACGCUGGAAAAUUCCCAUGCAACCGUUACACUCAUUACAUGACAUCAUCGACCAGUGUCGACAUAAACCUAGGAAGAAGAGAGAUGGUGAUUCUAGGGACACAAUACGCUGGAGAAAUGAAGAAAGGACUAUUCGAAAGAUUUUGUCACUUCAUUCCGGUUGUAACAUGGGUAAAGAAGGAGAUGUUGCUCUCUUUUUCGGUUUAUCUGGAACCGGAAAAACUACAUUGUCUACCGAUCAUAACCGGUAUUUGAUUGGAGAUGAUGAGCAUUGUUGGAGUGAUGAAGGAGUCUCGAACAUUGAAGGUGGUUGUUAUGCUAAAUGCAUUGAUUUAUCGAGGGAGAAAGAGCCUGAUAUUUGGAACGCUAUCAAGUUUGGAACCGUUUUGGAGAAUGUUGUGUUUGAUGAGCACACGAGAGAAGUGGAUUAUAAUGACAAGUCGGUGACGGAGAACACACGUGCGGCUUAUCCCAUAGAGUAUAUACCAAACUCGAAGAUACCUUGCGUUGGACCACACCCUAAGAAUGUCAUCUUAUUGGCUUGUGAUGCCUUUGGUGUGUUGCCGCCAAUCAGUAAGCUGAAUCUUGCUCAGACUAUGUAUCAUUUCAUCAGUGGCUACACUGCUCUCGUUGCAGGAACAGAGGAAGGAGUUAAGGAGCCAAGAGCAACUUUCUCGGCUUGUUUUGGUGCUGCUUUCAUUAUGCUUCACCCAACCAAAUACGCAGCUAUGUUAGCUGAGAAAAUGCAAGCUCAAGGAGCCACCGGUUGGCUUGUUAACACCGGCUGGUCCGGUGGAAGCUAUGGAUCUGGAAGUAGGAUAAAGUUGGCAUAUACAAGAAAGAUUAUUGAUGCUAUACAUUCAGGAAGUCUGUUGAAUGCAACAUAUCAGAAAACAGAGAUUUUUGGUUUGGAGAUUCCAAAUGAAGUUGAAGGAGUGCCUUCAGAGAUUCUAGAACCUAUGAAUGCAUGGGAAGAUCAAGAUGCUUAUAAGGACACAUUGUUGAAGUUGGCUGGUUUGUUUAGAAACAAUUUUGAGACAUUCACAAGUCAUAAGAUUGGAGAGGAUGGAAAAUUGACAGAAGAGAUUCUUGCAGCUGGUCCAAACUUCUGA